AGCUUGUUUCGUCAUGUGUUUUGGCAGAUUGCCGCGGAAAGAUCGAACUACUUCCCGGUCUAUGGCAGUUAAUUUACAACAGAAAAACCAGAGACCAACGUGAUUUAAACAAACGAAAUUUUAUCAUCAGAACUGAAAAUAGGAGGAAACAAGAAAUGCCAGAAUGGGGGGACAACAAAGUGUCCCCAAAGAACCUGCUCCAAUGUCGGAGACUCAGCUUCGAACGUUCAAUACAGUUAUUGCAGAUUUGCGCCGACAACAGAUUGGGAAGAGAGUUGUUCUUAAAGUGGAUAGAUCGUCUCUCUUACAGGGAGCUUUUUCCCAUUUCAAAAUGAGCGGAAGUGAGCUGAGUCCCAUUGACGUCAUUCUACAUACUGAGAGAAACGAAGAGCCAUGUACCAACUUAGGCGGACCAAACAGGGAAUUCUUCACUCUCCUACUGGAAGAUUUCAAAUCCUCGAAACUGGACAUGUUCGAAGGUCCAGGGAGUUUUCUUUUACCCGUGAACAAUAGGAAAGCGUUAAACGGGGAUAUGUUCUACUUGUUUGGAAAAAUUUCCGUUCUGUCGAUUCUUUCGGAUGGUCCUGGUUUUCCAUAUUUUCCGCCGUUUCUAGUCAGCUACCUCAGAGGUCAUGAAUUUGAACAUGAACUGAGUAGUUUGUACAUCGUAAAUACCUUCUUGACGGAUUAUAUCAAUAAGAUAUGCAACGCAACAAGCCAAGAAGAGAUAGACAGAGUAAUAGGCGAAGACGAAGAGAGAUUCAUUGACAAUUGUGGAUGGCCGCGAACGGACAUGGUGACACCCAGCAAACGAAUGUUGUACGUCCAAACAUUGAUUCGAUGGGAGUUGCUAGACAAAAGGAAAGAUGUGUAUGAUCAACUUAAAAAGGGCUUGAACGUCCUGAAUUUCCUCGAUCUUACUAGAGAUCUACAAGAAUUCGAACACGUGUAUCUAUGUCGAAACAAGAGUAAAACAACAGCGGAAUUCAUCAAGAAGAAAUUGGUACCGGAAGUGAAGAAAUUACAACCCCAAGACAAAGAGGAAGAAGAUGCAAAGAAAUUUACACUGCGUUGUUUGAAGGAUCUAGAAGAUGAAGAAGCGGCACAUUUAUUUCAAUUCAUCACGGGUCUUGACGAUUUACCUGCGCAGGAAUUACCGAUAAGCGUGGAGUUCAACCGGGUCAAUCGAGUAACGGAACUUCCGGAAGCCAUCACGUGUGUCCAGAGACUUAUACUGCCGCUGGGGAACAAAUCGAAAAUACAAUUGUACUCGUCUUUUGAUAAAGCCCUCAAGUUUGGUAGAAUCGGAUUCGGUGAAAAAGCAAGUGCGAGCAAAUGAGUGACUUUCUAUAUUAUUUUAUGCUGUGAUUACUACUGAUUUACGAUUAUAUUCAUUAAUAUUGUUUAGUACCUGAGUGUUAUUUAUUGUAACAUAUACACUACCUCUUUUUAUGAGAAAGCAGUUUAAAUUACCGUUUGACGUUAAUCAUUAAAACUUAUUCAAGACAAACACGCAUAUUCAAAGCUGCUUUAUAGAAGCAUGUAACCACAAUUAAGGCAGUGUUUGGUAUCGUUGUCAUUAAAUUUAUCAGAAAAUAAAUGUAUGAUAUUUUAUAAAUGCGCAGAAAUGCAACGAUGACACGACAGAUUACAAGAAAUACCGUGCUUGUACAACUUUCAGGAUGUACCUUUCACCUUUGUUUCUUUCUCAAAAAAUAACGUGUUAAGCUACGAAAAACAAGUUGUAGGUAGGGAUGACGUCUGUUGACAUCUUUCACAAAUGCAUUUUAAAAGUAGCUUAACAAACCCGGAAAAUGGAAACAUGACAUUAUAUGUAUAUAUGUACUGCAAUUUAUUUCUCUAAGAACAUAUCUCCAGCUAUACUGGAUGUCAUUGAUCCCCAAUAUGAAUCGAAAGAUAUCAAUCCAACUUGUAUAGUUCUUUGGUAGUAUUCCUAUCAAAUUUAUUACCUUUCCAUAAACUGCGUACCAUAUUAAUGUGUAUGUAAAUGCACAUUCAUUGAUAUUCUUUACAGCUGAGAUCAGAUCUAAUCAAUAAACUACCAACGGAGUCACAA